AUGUCUGUCACGAUUGACAGAGGACUAGUAGCGAAUACCAAACGGGUCCAUGGUGUCCAUCCCGUCUUUCUCAUCGAAAAAAUAUUACGUGAACGAAUCCUCGACAGCCAAUACUGGAAACGAGAAUGCCAACACGCCGACUUGCUAGUACUUCUGGAUCGAGGCGUCGAGUUAAAGCAAAUAGGAACUUAUGCAAAUGCCGGACAUACACUACCAAGCCCAUUUAUAUGCCUCCUGCUCAGACUUCUGCAGCUUCAACCUGCUGCCGAUAUAAUUGAUUAUUUGCUCGUCCAGACGGAUUUUGUCUACCUGACAGCACUGGCAGCGUUGUACGUUAGAAUCACUUGCGAUUCGGUGAUAGUUUAUCAAAAGCUGGAGCCUUUGUUGGCGGACCAUCGACGAAUAAAUAUGAUCGAAAAUCAGACAGUCAAGUCGAUUAAUCUGGACGAGUAUAUCGACAAACUGCUGCAAGGAAACAAGUUUCUCGAUAUGGUGCUUCCUCGUCUUAUUGACAGAUUGGUUCUCGAAGACCAGGAGCUACUAGAGCCGCGACAAAGUUUAUUGCAAGAAGAAUUCGAGCGCAUGUGUGAAGAGGGAAAUUUGAAACGGGACGACGAGCAGUCCAGGGCUGAAAGCCAUGAGCAUUGA